UCGAUCUACCUAGCACAAAUUAGUGGAGGCACCUGAUUCCUGAGGUUCUAGGACACUGUUCCUCAACUUUCCUAAUGCCACAACCCCUUAAUGCAGUCAUGUUGUGAUGACCUCCAACCAUAAAAUUAUUUUUGCUGCUACUUCAUAACUGUAAUUCUGUUACUGUUAUGAAUCGUAAUGUAAAUAUCUGAUAUGCAGGAUGUAUUUUCAUUCACUGGACCAAAUUUGACACAAAUGCCUGAUACACCCAAAUUUGAAUACUGGUGAAGUUUGGGAGGUGGGGGUGGGAUUGAUUUUGUCAUUUGGGAAUUAUAGUUGCUGUGAUUUAUAGUUCACCGACAAUCAAAGAGCAUUCUGAACUCCACCAACAACGGAAUUGAACCAAACUUGGCACACAGAACUCCCAUGACCAGCAGAAAGUACUGGAAGAAUUUGGUGGUCAUUGACCUUGAGUUUUGAAGUUGUAGUUCACCUACAUCCAGAGAGCACUGUGGACUCAAACAAUGAUAGAUCUUGUUGAGAAGCCGGCCAAUCACAGUGGAGGAGGGCUUUUGAUGGGAGGAUUCGCCAUCUGUUUCCAAAAAGGAAGAGGAUAGGCAGAGAGAUCUUCAACCUUCUCUGCGAAAGGGGUUCCUAAGACAAUCAGAAAUAUAUGGUCCCUGAUGGUCUUUGGCAACCCUUCUGGAAACCCCUCAUGACCACCCCAGGGGUCUCAACCCCUAGAUUGAGAAAUGCUGUUCUAGGACAAUAAGAAGAAGUUGCGGCAACACAAUUCCAAUGCCAGCAGUUUUAUGUGAAGGAAUACUCUAUGCCCCGGAGUGUGGUGGAAGCUCCUUUGGAGGCUUUCAAGCAGAGGCUGGAUGGCCAUCUGUCGGGGGUGCUUUGAAUGUGAUUUUCCUGCUUCUUGGCAGGGGUUUAGACUGGAUGGCCCACGAGGUCUCUUCCAACUCUAUAAUUCUAAUAUUCUAAUUACCAAUUUCCCACUUGUAGUCCUACUCACUUGGUUGUUCUUAGUCACAUGUCCAUGCCAUACACAGAAACCCCUUUGUAACUUAACAUUACAGCACCUGUCUGGAGAACUCCUUAUGAUCAACUUUUUACAUUACAUAUUUGUUAACCCAUUUAAGUGUGACCUGGCAAAUUUGGGCCUGGUUCUUAUAUCAUAAAACUAGAGAAUGACUCUUCCUACACAGUUCUGCUUCCCAUGCUGUUUCCGUAAGAUAGCAUUCAGUACCCAGGGCUAGGAGAGGGAUGAAAGCAUCUAGGCAGCAUAGAAACUUUGAGGACAACCCUAGUAGGCUUCUCUCAGCUGCAGAAUUGCAGGUAGGUGCUGCCUGGGUGCCCUCAUUCCACCUGUGCCCAGUAAAUGGUGGUUACCCGAAGCCUAACACUAAACCUAACUCUAAACCUUACCCUACCUUUCCCUAACCCUAACCCUUACCCUAAACCUUAUCCUAACCAUCCCCUCCUUUCUAUCCUUCUACCAAAUGCAACUACGAAGUAUAUUCCCACCCUCAAUGUACCACUCUCCCCCCUCUCACUCCGCUCCCUCUCAAGACCAUGUGGUCCCUUCCCUUAUUCACAACUGCCGUUGCGGAAUGUGCGUAACGCUCAGAGCUUCCGGACCCAGUUAUCACCCUGGUUUGUUUGUUUGUGAAGACUCCUGCAGCCUUGGUUGUCUCUUGGGAGGCGUUCCCUGCACUCUCACGAACACCCGCAUGCAUGAAACGGACUGGAGGUGUAUCACCAAAAUGCCUCCAUACCCCAAAUGCCAGAUUGCUGGCUGGGCUUUCCUCACUCAUCUUCGACCUCCAAACAAGAAGAGCCCCCCUCACCAAGUUCCUGGUUCCAGAGGCGCUUCAUGGCAAGGGCAGCCGCUGGGCCCAGAGGCACUGCCACCACCUCAUGCCUGCCUGCUCCCUUUCUGGCCUGCCAACCUCGGCUUUUGGGUACCUCACUCCCACCCAUGUGCUCAUCCCUUCUUGGAGAGGUAGGGCACCAGUUGGAUCAUUGUGAGGAAAGGCUUGAAGUCAAUUUUGGGACCCCCAAAGAGGGCUGCAACUAUUACACAGUGACAACUAUUAGGGGUGAAAUACAGUAUAUUGUUAACAGGAUCCUGGCCUUGGGAUGCUAACAUUGGUGCAAAUGUCAUCCGUAUUCUAAACAAUCAUUUGCUAUUGAGGCAAAAAACGUGUGCUCGGUGUUACUAAUGCAUUUUUGUGCUGUUUCCAGAGCACAUAGUGAAAACUCUGUAAUGUAUAACUGAGCCACUAGAGAUAAACUCAAAGCUUGUUUAAAAGAAUACAGAGGCUAAACAAAGACAAUUUGACUAGUUUUAAGGUAGUUGCUGUACAGUGAUGAGAAUUAGAUGUAAAUAAUGUAAAUAAAUGGUCUGUUUGACACAAUUUAUGAUCCAAAUGGACACUCAUUUUCCUUGGUUGCUGCGGUCCAUAUAUGUAUUUGCCAGGGCUCUGUCACCAGAACUAUGGUGUGCAUUCUCAAUCUUGGGACCACCUGUGAGCACACAUCAGAACUAUACAUCUAUGACCUCACAAUUUCAAGCUGUGGAAAAGAUAAGUGGAGGUGCAUGCCAUAGACUUGCUAUAGCUAAAGGUAUCAAGAAACCUGGACUCUUGUCUAACAUGAAUACUCAUUCCUUCCAUGGUAAGUUGAGUUUUAAAUAAGUUGAGUAGUAGAGGGAUUCAACCUGGGAAAAAUAUUCGCUUUGGCUGUGGCAUCUACAAGUUGGCGACAUGACAUAUUAAGUGAAUGAAAGCAACAGUGUUGCCUUCAUAGGAAUCCUUCAAGUUCCUUUCCAUCAUUUAGCUAGGGAUUUGGAACAUGAAAUCUCAGCACUUUUCCACUAUCAUGAACCUGGACAUAGUAGCAGCUCUUUAGAAAACAGCUGUAGAACCUGCUUUCAGAAACGAAAUAGUCUACUUGCAGACCUCUUGGUGAUCCACAUAUGUUUUUCAAUACAAAAUAGUUUAGCAACAGCAACAAAAUGGGGGGUUGUUGGGGGUUUCCAGGGGAUUUGUGUGUAUAUAUAUAGACAAGUCCAGGUGUCGCCGGGUUGUUUAAAAUCUCUGAAUGUAUGGCUUCAGAUUCUUUUGCUGGUGAAUUUCAAGAAGCCAGCAAAAGAAUUAAGCAUAAAUGGUAUGAAAAUAUUGUCACUGAAAGAACUGUAAAAACUAAGUCAUGAAUUUUGAUUCUCAUUUGACAGUGUAAGCACAAAGUAACAAACUUAGUGUUUCAUCGCUUCUGUUGGGCUUUGCAUAUGCUGCAGGCAUGAAUGUAAAGAAUAAUUAUGGAAAGGAGCAAGCCAGAAAAGGAGAGGUCUUUCCAGCAUAAACUUCUAAAAAAAAACAACAACAUGAAUGUUGAAUUAAACAGAUCAAAUCUGCAUCAUGCAAUAUUGCAGUGAAGACUAAGAUCCUGUCUCUAGAAUUUUUUCACAUAUUUGGGUUCAGAAAAUGGAAAUAGCAACAACUCCGGAGGUCAUAGAGGAAAGUGCAGUACCAGCUAAUAGUUUUGAUCAGUAUCCAGAGAAGGCAUUGGCAGAUUCUAAGGCUGAAGUGAAGGAAGAAGAUGAUUGUUCUGGUCAAUGCUAUGUCCUCUACAUUGGAAACUUGAACCCCAAGUAUUCCCGUGAAGUCCUCUGUGGCAUGCUGAAGGAUAUCCUUGGCAUGGCCGGUGUCACUCUUCAGAGACACCACGUUGAAGUGGUAAAGAAACGCAAGCAGGCACAUGCCUUUAUCCAGGUGGGAACAGAAGUCAGGCUGGAACAGGUCUUAAAACAGUUACUACUCGCCUCUGACACAGAGCAGCAUCUCACCAAGGAACUUGUGAAAAAAGGAAGAAGUCUGCUUGUAGGACAAGGCAAUAAGUUUACAUUUGGUAACAAAGAUGGGGGAGAGAGUGACUCUGCUGGGAGCUGCUCAGAGGCUCCUUUGGGAGUACCCGAGAAAAGCAGAAAGGGGCUACCAAACGAAACCCAAAUUAACGCUAUUAGAAAAUCUGCUCCAUACCCUUGGAGACUAGUAGACCGACCCAAGAAGUUCCUAAGUGGCACUCGUUCAGACAGUGUCAUUGUCCAGAGAGAAAUUGUGGGCAAAGAGUGCCUGUUCUAUGGAGCUUUCAUGGGCAAUGAGACCCGGAAUAUGGAAUUCAAGCGUGGCGGUGGUGACUAUCUGACAGUAACCUUGAAGCAUCACGUGCGGAAGUAUGCAUGCGCUUUCCUUAACAGUGAAGGAGGCAGUCUUUUUGUGGGAGUGGAAGAUAAUGGCCUCGUGCGUGGAGUCAGGUGUGACCACAAGGAGGAAGACCGGGUUCGCCUGCUCAUUGACUCUGUCUUGAAAGGCUUCAAGCCCCAAGUUUUCCCAGCUGUCUACACAUUAAGUUUCAUCCCGGUUAUCAAAGCUGAAGACACUGGCAUCUUCCUGAAAGUUAUUCAGCUAAAAAUUCAUCCUCCCAAACCACACCAAGAACUUUUUCUUUAUGAAACAGACCAAGGGGAAGUAUACCUGCGACGAGAUGGCAGUAUUCAGGGUCCGCUCACUGGGAGUGCCAUCCAAGAGUGGUGUCGACAGAAAUGGACAGAAGAGAUCAAGAAGUUGGAAAUGAAAAUAGAAAGCUUGCUGGAAGAGAAAGAAACUCUGCAGCAGCACAAACAGCAAAAUGCCAGAUCUGCAUGUUGUGUCCUCCUGUGACAGAGAAACAUCAUCACUAGACAUUGGGUAUAUCGAUAUUCACCAGUAUAAAGCAAAAGUAGUCCAAUAAAGAGCUUGGGUCUAAUAGGUUUAUUAUUUUGUGGCAUAUGUUAGUCUUGCUGAAGAAAAAAUUAACAUUUCAUUAACCAGCUGUCCUUUCAUAAGUACAAUUGGCUCUCCAUAUCCACCAAUUCCACCAUGGUUUGAAAAUAUACUCCAAAUCUAAAUAAUUGAACAAACAAACCUUGGUUUUGCCAUUUAUAUAAGGGACACCAUUUUAAUAUGCCACUGAGCAUCCAUAGAUUUGUGCCCUGGAACCAAACCACCAGAUAAUAAGGGCCUACUGUAUUCUGCCAGACCACUACCGCUGCCUAUGAGAUUUGGAAGUGGCCUCAAAAUACUUGAACUUAAUAAAAUAAUUAUGCCCCUGCUCUCUAGAGUUUAUAGAAAUAUGACCAUUGGAACUCAAGCAUAUUAUUGUAUAUACAGGUCACACUACUGUGGGGAGAUAGGGCAGCCUAUACAUAAAGGAUUAUUAUUAU